CUGAAACUGGACAAGGCACCUGCGACACUACUUGCAGCUACUUCUCUGUAUCCUGCCCUGUGUAGCACUGGUUUGCUGACAGGCUUUAUCCUGCAGAAGUGAUGAUUCAGGCAUACAAUCUAAGUGCUGUAACUUUUUAUAAACCAGUCCCGGUCUCCCAGGAGAGUUUAUGGAUGUCUUUCACAGUAGUCCUACCUACUGGACCUUAGAAUGUGCUAUCAGGAUUGCAUUGCUGUCAAACAGACCAGGAUUUGGAAGCCAGAGGGUGCUUUACUGCCCUCUUUGACUGUCCUGGUUCUUCUCAGACAUAGCUGAGGAUGAGACCUAUAAUCUAAAGUUAGGUUUUAGCCUAGAACUAAACUUUUAUUGCUUCUAAUAAUACUGGGAGGUCAAAUUCCUUUUCAAAUGUGUUCUUUGUCCAGGGCAGACAUUCGAGCUACAGAAAUAUUCUGAGAGUGAAAUAGUGGAGCUUCCCAUGGGCUGUUGGGAAGCAUCUGUGAGUAUGUAAGCACUUAUCUUACCUCUCUAAGUGCAAACACUAUGGUUCUUGAACAAAAGACUCAAAAUCCAAUCCUGAGUUUGUUUAAACUAGUGUAAACUCUGCUCAUGGUGCUAGAGCAAGUCAUGAGCUGCAGUUAAGGCCCUGCUGUUCCUAAGGUUGAUGAGAAGCUUGUGCUUGGUUCCUGCUCAUGUACAGGUCAGUUUUAUCUGGACAUGCCCAUGAUAAAUGCUAAAAAUCCACUGUUGCUCAAUUUUCAAGCAGUAGCAGUAGGAUUUAUGGAGCAAACAGGCAUGAGAAGUGAAAAACCUCAAGAUUUUUUGUCCUAUACAAUUACACAGGAGAGAUACUUGAACUACUACUAUUUUUUUAAUCAUUAUUUUUUAGUAACUGCAAUGAUUCACAUGCUUGAUAGUAUACAGAAUAAGGGAAUAUUUCUACGUACCACAUCCACUAACAAAAUAUACACAAUUAACACUUAGCUGUCCAUCUGAUCAAAUACUUGACAUGAUUAUUCCUGCAAAGAAAGUAAGAGUAAGGUUCUUUGUUUUUGAUUAGCCUUUAAAUGGUUUUACAGAAUAGCAUUUAAACUCUAGAACUCUUCAUUUCUUUGGGGAUUUUCAGGGGGAUUAAAUAAAUUUAAUCUUAUUUACAUUGUCUGGAAAAAAAAAAUAAAUCAAAAAAAAUCAAUUUUAAAUAUACGAAUUCUUAAUUAUGUGAAAUUUUAUGUCAAAUCAAGUGUGGUGGGUAGGGGAGGUUGUCAUGUUUUAUUUGGGGGCGGUGUUUUUUUUAGCAUAACACAAUGAAGGGAGGUUUCAGUUGAGAAGUCAUCUCCUUCUGCAGAGGAAACAUGCAGGAUGAUGUUUGUGCUCAUUUUAGUCAUCAAAGCUGAAGUGCACAAUAAUUGUAAGCCUAUGUUUCUACAAUAAGAGGAUAUUUCUCAUAAUGAAGGAAGUCUCCAAGGUCAACAGCUACAAUACCCGGAGAGGUUACAUCACAGAACCACAUCUGUGCAAGACUUCUCUCUCUUUUUUUCCCCCCUUCCUUUCUUUCUCUUUAAGCUUCAGUGUUGAUCACAAUACUUGCCAGAAUAGUAUGGAUUUAAAUUGGACUUUAUUUACAGUGUGAUUUAGGUAUUAAAUAUAUAUAUAUAUUUAUGUAUCAAAAAAUAAAAGAAAGAAAGAUAACUCAAAUGAGUAUUCUCCUCCCCAGGUAGCUGAAAGCCUCUUAAUAUCCUGUAAAUUCCCAAAUUCAGUUUGUCCAGACUGUUUUUUGAAAUGUGAUUUAUAUUGUAUUACAGUGAUGUCAGUAGCAACAUCUCCUGAAUCUAGUCUGGACCUCUUAGGUAUAGAAUCAUAGAAUCAUUAAGGUUGGAAAAGACCUCCAAGAUCAUCUGGCCCAACUAUCCCCCUACCACCAAUAUCACACUCUAAAUGAUGUCCCUAAGUACCACAUCCAACCUUACCUUAAACAACAGCUCUCAGGCUGCCUUCAUAGAAGAGGUGCUCCAGCCCUCUGAUUGUCCUCAUGGCCCUCUUUGGGAACCACUCCAACAGGUCCAUGUCCUUCUUGUGCUGCAGUCCCCAGAGCUCAACGCAGUGCUCCAGGUCAGGGCUCAACGAGAGGGGGCGAAUUGCCUCUCUCAACCUGCUGGCUGCAUUUCUGAUGCAGCCAAACAUACAGUUGUCUUUCUAGGUUGCAGGUACACAUUGCUGGCUCAUGGUCAUUUUUUUGUCCACUAACUUUCCCAAGUGCUUCUCCUCAGGGUUGCUGCUCUCAAUCCACUCAUUUCCCAGCCUGUAUUCAUGUUUGGAAUGGUCCCAACUCAGGUGCAGGACCUUGUGCUUGGCUUUGCUGAGCUUCAUGAGAUUUUCAGGGGCAUAUCUCUCAAGCCUGUCCAGGUCCCUCUGGUCGGCAUCCCUUCCCCCCAGUGUGUCAACAGCACCACACAGCUUGAUGUCAUCAGUAGACUUGCUGAAGUUCUUGCUGAAAUAUCUUCUAUCAUGUGAUAGUACUGGGCCUGGCAACAUAUACCUCUGUGUUGAGCUGUAUAUAUGUGAACAAGGAAACUUUUGGCUAUUUUGGCAACAUUUGCAUGAGGGAAAAGAGUUAGAUAUAUCUUAUUUUUUCCAUAUCACUUUGUAUCUUGAUUUACUAUACAAAUUAAUGUUACCAGGACAUGUACCACAGCUUGGAACACUUGGUGUAAUAUAUUGCCCUCUGUUUGGAGCUUUUCUUUUUGUGUGUGUGUGUUUCUGUACUUUAAUUUUCAUUACAAGAACUGCAUUUUAUGAUCUGUUUUUGAUGCAUUUUUUUUUUCACCAGUGCUCCUUGAUUUGGCUUUAGGAAAUCAUUGUUAAUCUAAAUUCAGCUUGUCUUAUAAUGGCAAGAACAGGUACAUCCCUGCCUGCCCAUUUUGUUUAUUUUUCAACAGGCAAGCAGAACUGAUGAGGUCCACUCUUAUUCCAUUACAGAAUAGCAAGGAAAGAGGCUGCUUUACAUACUUGUCAUUGCUGUAGACUUUGUUCUAUUUGUACCCAAGAUUUUGACUCAGUAUUGUUGAAGUCAGCCAAAUCUUUCCACGGCUUCAGGUUGUUCUGAAAUAGACUAUAAACCUAAAAGCCAAAGCUGCUUCUAACAAAGAAAACAAAACCUUUUUCUUUCAAUUUCUGAAAGAACUUAUGUUGUGGUGGAGCCUGUUAUUCAUGUCUAAUCAUGUUCAAUGGUGAUCAUUCCAUGCAUCAUAUAUUAAAGUGAAGUUACCUAGCAUUCAGUAUUUCCUUGAUUGCAUUUGUUUUGUCAACAAUUAUUUCAUUUAAAAUGGGUGGUGACAUUCUACCAUCCUUGUUUCCUCACUUUGCAAUUGGGAAUGACAGGUAUGAAGGCAUUGUAAACGUCAUCCAGGUAGCUAGAAAACCCUGAGUAUUUAAGUAGGUGAGACUAAAGACUGAUCUUCUUUUAGGUGUGGACAAAUAUGAGAUAGGUUGGACUAGAGAAAGAAGGACUUGAAAAGCUGAGGACAUGUGUUUUGGAAGGUGUACUAGGUGUAUUGGUUGUAAGUUGCUCAUCCUUGCCUUGCUCAGCAUUGUGGCCAAUAUUUUACUUUAUUUUCCCAAUGGUGAAACAAGAUUUGCUUCAGAGCAUCAUCUCAGCAAAUAUGUAGAGUGCCUCCAUGGCAUUCUAGGUGGAGGCCUUUUGGUACUCAUUCCAGCUGCAGUAUUCAUUGGGCUUCACAGUGAUGACAGCUGUGGGUGCUUUGGCCAUGAGAACUGUGGGAAAAGUUGUGCGAUGUUCUCCUCAGUUCUGGCAGCCUUUGUUGGGAUCCUUGGUUCUGGAUACUGUAUAAUCAUUUCAGCACUGGGCUUGUCUCAUGGACCAUAUUGUUAUACUCAUGUAGAAAGAAACUGGAUCUAUCCUUUCACUGAAUCUUCUGGAGGGUACCUGUUUGAGUAUAAUAAGUGGUCUAAAUGUCAAGAACCUCAAAACAUCGUUCAGUGGAAUGUCACCCUCUUUUCCAUUCUUCUUGUCCUGGGAGGAAUAGAGUUCAUCCUGUGCUUCACACAGAUAAUCAAUGGCAUUCUUGGAGGAGUAUGUAGGCUGUGCUGCAGUCAUGAGGAGACAUUUGCUUGCUAGAAAACCUGAAAAUGGGUUGAUGUCAGUGCAUAUGCAUCAUGUGUUGAGUAUUCUGUUUUGUUCUGUUUUUUAUAUCACUUGCAUACUAAAAUGCACAUUGCUUGUUUUCAAACUAUGCUGUCACCAUCAAUUUAAGUGACUUGGGGUCAGCCUUUGUUGUUGGAGUCAUAU